AUGGCCAUGGUCGCGACGCCGCCUCAAGCUGUACAUGCUGCGUCUAGCGCGGUCCUGGACGGCGGCGCCAACGACCCUGCCCGCCCCAAGAACAUCGAGCACGUCACGCCGCCCACCGGCUCGGCGGCAACAGUGAAGCGCAUAUCGAUCUCGCUGCCAAACAAGAAGCCGCAAGCUGUGAAUGCUCUCGUCGACCGCAAUGCUGCCACGGGCGCAGACGGUGCUCCAUCUGGCGCCGCCCAUGUGCACACACGACAUGCCGCCGAGUCCAUCGAAGUGCCCGUCGCCCCCGACGCAGCCAUCGAGCCUUUUGACGACACCAGUAUUCGAAGCACGAAGAUCUCGGAAGCGGUUGGUCCUACGCUCGCAGAGCGCGUCGCACAAGCGCACUAUGCGAAGGAGACGGCGGCGGCCCACGGCGCGCUCUUAUCUGUCGACGCAGUGACCCUGGCCGACGGCAAAUUUGAAGGCAUGUACGAUGUGCCCGUCGAAGACGGUGCAGAACACGCUACGGCAGAUCUCGGCGGCAAAAGAGCGCGGCUUCUCGACAAUGGAAACUACGGCGACGCAACGAGUGACGAGCCUCAAAAAGUGGCUUGCGAUCCCAUUCUUGUGUCGCCAAAUGCCGAUGCCCUACCCUUGACUGCGCACCGACGGCUGCAUACUAAUACGGACGAUCCGCCGCUCGCAGGCACCCUAUCGACGCAGGGCGACGCAUUCGCUGACGAGUCGUUGCUCCAAGAGCCUCGCGCGAUCGAACGGUCCAAAGAGUCCCUUGACGAAAGCAGCAGCUCGCGCCCCCGCCGUCUCCCGAGCAAGGCCACGCCAGUCACAUUGCCAUCGACGCAUGACGAGCCCGCGUCAUGGGACUGGCAGCAAGCGGUCGAUGCGUGGAUCGCGGCGGCCAGCGCGUCGCUGGAAGCAGCGACGCACACUAGUGCAUUCCACUGGCGCGCGCUCGUCGCUGCCGUCGGUGACGCCUACGACGUGGGCGAAGCCGUCUUUUGGCUCAGCCUGCACAGGACGCUGUCCGUCCUCGAUGACGUUAGCGCGUCCUGUGACGACCUCCUCGCCAACAGCGAAGACGCGCGGGUCCUUCUGGCCAACACGUGGGGUGCCAUCUUUCUCAGCACCUUUGGCGCUGUCUUUGCGGGUAUCUACGUGCUCUUCACCUAUGUGCCCACGGUGGCCGUCGACUUUUACCAGACGCUCGACGACUUGGCCAAGGUCAAGGUCAAGCUCACGUCAGUCGUCGCGGUGGUGACUGCUCUCGUCGUUCUCAAGGCGGAAUGGUGGUUCUGGCUCGGCCUUGUCGUGAUCAGCCUCUUCUACUACUGGUCGGGCAACAAGACGGACGCGGCACAAGCCGUACAUAGAAUAGCCCUUCGUCGUGCCCACUCGGUGUGA